CAACUUGCCAGAGUCUGGUGGUGGAGUGGUGCUUGCUCACAUCAUCAGCACCGCCUUUUGCUGCCUUGCUUGUGGUCACAUCAACACAUUCGACGAAGAAGAUGUCCAAGGUGACAGUGCGCUGCACGGAUGUUCGGGCCGAAAGUGUGAGGUCUAUUCGAGGCAUUCGAACAGCGCAGACGCUGCACCUGUAUGCGUGUGUCAUCCAUCCCUGCUUCAUCAACAGCCUUGGGCGUGCACUUCAAGAUCCAGAGCGCGACCUGGAUGAGCUCCUCCUGUGCGAUUGCGACUUUGCCGACAACGCCUUCCCCGAGCUUCUCAAAGCCCUCGAUCGCGUGAGGCACCAUAACCCACUAAAAUUUCUUCUCUUGGAAUACAGUGGCAUCCACUCUCCCGGCCCCUUUACGGCACACGAGCUCACGUGCCUCCUCCACAGCGUGCAGCGGCUCCGCCUCUCUGGAGGCAGUCUCCUGGCCAGAGACCUCCGUGCCAUCGGCGCCCCAACACCACCAGCCACCGACCCAACACAGCCCUCGCCCUCGUCGCAAUCACGGUCGCCGUUCGCAGCCGUGCUGCAAGACCUCGCCCUCGACAACAUUCGCCUGGUUGACGAUGAAAGCGACACGGACACCGCAGAUGACACCCACCCUGACGCAGACCACCAACACCAACGCGGUCGUCCGCACAACCUAGCCAGCAUAGCGAGUGCAAUUGCCCAUCACCAGCACCAGCAGCAACACGGCAUCUCAGGCGAUGACGCUCACACAUCACGCGCACCUGCAUCACAAGCUCCACUGUCAUCAUCACCAGCAUCAACCGCGCCCACCAGGUGCGCUGCAGCUGCACUGGGCGAUGCGCUGCUCGCUGUCUGCCCGCAUAUCCACCGCCUCGAUUUACAAUACACGCGACUCAGCACCAACGGCGCACAGCGGCUGCUGGCGCGUGUGUGCAGGCUGGCCCGUCUCACCCACCUCACCAUCAACUGGUGCGACGUACCCGGGCAGGCAGCGUGCCGUGGCCUCUUCAACCCCGAGGCGCCGGCGCCACCACAGCUGCAGCUGCUGAGUGUAGACGUCACCUCGUGGCCGCGCGAAUGCUGCAGCAACGUUACAGCGUGGCUCGCCCGGGGUCACCCCUGCCUCCAGCACUUGUCCAUCCACCGUGAGGACGUCGUGUUGCGUCCAGAGGGCCGCGAGCAUCGGCACGAGUGGUACACCUCCAUUGCGCGCGCAUCCCUGCAGUGCCCGCACAUGUCCGCCCUGCAGCUGCCAACGUGGAACGACGACGCGACUGAAGACGUUGCCGAGGCGCUCGUUGCGGUGGUCCAGAGCGACACAGUCCGCGCCGGGCGUGUUGCUGCGCAUCGCGUCGCCAUGACGGGUCGGCUGUCACGCAUGGACGCGGAGGUGAUUGCAGAGUACCUUCCCAUCUUGCACUGCAUGUGUACGCGCGAUGAUGCAGUCGCAUGCACGAAGGACGGGCUGCUGCGUCUGCUGCGUGGGCUGCCGGAGUGGCGGGUGCUGGUUGGCCUCGGCGCUGCCCAGAUCGUUCCCCAGCACGUCGCACAAGCCAUGCUGCCACCAAACAUGUGCUCGCCGCCGUGGGUGUGGCAGCGGCUGCAGCGCUUUGAUGCAACCGCACCAGUAGCUGUAACCACAACGACCAAUACGGAGACAGGGAUGGAGACAACCACGGUGACUGCAGAAACAUCAGAUACCAGGGGAGGAGCAGGAGAUGAGCACACAACGACUGCGACAACGCGGCAACGAUUGGGCAGCUUGAGGGUCACAAGUCAACGACAGCACGUGCCCACUCUACAACAAAUGUGCUGCCUUGCACUGCGAUGCCAAAUCAUGCAGUCUGAGGCGGACAUUGUGUCCGCAUUACCGAAGCUUCCCUUCCUCAACCUCCCAUCGGCUCGUGUCGAUUUUUUCUUCGGCAUUGACAUCCAACCCAUCUUGUAACAACAUCUUUCGCGUGA